CCCCACGCCCACGAGUCAGCGGUUCUCCUAUAAGAUCAGCUUGGUUGGGAGAAGUUUACAUCAAGAUCGUGGGUCUUACCUCUCGCAACCGCCAUCAUGAUGCACUCCAGCAUUCUAUCCCUGAUCUGCACUUUUUGUAUUCUAAUUUCGUGUGCUGCUCGUGUUGUUGUUAGAGACACAGCCCCUGAUAUGGCUGUUAGCGAUGACUACAUUUCGAUGUCAGGAGCGCUAUGGGCACCAAGUAUCCACGAUAAGAUAAUUCCAAAUAAAGGCAAGAAGUCAUCACUCAUCACUCACUGCUUGAACUUACCCCUCACAGUCCGAACUGUUGGUCGGUAUGCGCCAGAGGCGCGAUCAACGCCAGUCGAUAAGGCUUUGUGGGAAUCAAACCUGCAUGAGAAAUCAUCGCCCAGCCGAGCUCGCGCAGUCGACAGAAGGGAAAACGGACCACAAGAGACGCCGGUCAGUGGACUACUUUGGGAAGGUGCCGUCCACGAAGCCCUAGCUGCAAGGCAACCUGUCCGACGUAAACCUGCGGAUGCAAGUGUUGGAGGAUUUCUAUUUCAAAGCGCUGUUCACCAGCAUAUUUCUGACUCUUAAAGCAGUAAUUAUCGAGCACGAAUCCCUUGCGCUAUAGACAAAAUGAAAGAAGCAUUCAUUCAUGGAGGCUUGGAUCGAGGGAUUGAAAAGCACUAUUGAAACAUUCCCACACUGGCUUCGAGAAAUGUUCAAUAAGGAUGACGUUCAACCUCGUUCAACUAUGUAG